AUGACACGUACCAACAGCGACGAAGCUAAUGGCGGUGGGUCGACCUUCAGAAGCAAUUUUAUCAAAGAUGGCGUUCUCCGGUACCCUCCAACAUCCGUCAAGGUUGUAAUUGUCGGUGGCGGGAUAUCGGGCUUGUUCGCUGCUCUCGAAUGCUGGAGAAAGGGACAUGAUGUGCAGGUUGUUGAAAGGGGAGCAAACAUCUCUGAGGCAGGCGACGUUGUCGGAAUUGGUCCGUCUGCCUGGGUCUCGCUGCAGAAGUACCCGUCGAUGUUUGAGGAGUGGAAUCGUAUUUCUGACGAUCCCGUGUGGCUCUUUUGCGGGGAGGAUGGAAGACCUGUUGCUCCUCCGUCAGAAUAUGAGUAUAACUCGAACGGUGUCGCGCAACAUGUAUGCUAUCCUCUUCGCAUCAAGCCCCUCAUGGUUCGCUCCCAAUUGGCCGAGAUGUUAGCAGGCCAAUGCAAGAGGCUUGGCAUCCCAAUACACUUCAAUACUCCAAUUGUUGACUACGAGGAGGAUGGCCCCAGCAAGAGAGCAACAGCUAUGACUACUGAUGGUCAGCGCUUUAGCGGGGACGUUGUGAUCGCUGCCGACGGGAUUGGAACCAAGUCGCACAAGAUUGUCCUCGGUGAGGAGGUCAGGGCUAUCAGCACCGGAUUUAUUAUAUAUCGCCUCAAGUGCCCCGUUUCGCGGCUAGCAAACGCCCCGGCAUUCCAGCAGCUUUACCAGCAGAUGGGGAGACCGGAAAUCCGACUGGGGCCCGCUGGUCAACUUCAUUACGCGCUUACGAUGGCCAAAGACUAUGUCUCCUUGGGAUUAUCAGUCAAGGAUGAUGGAACCGCAACCGAGUCAUGGUCCGCAACCGUGUCAAGAGACUAUGUUCUGUCAGAGCAUCCUGAAUUCAUUGAUUGCCAACCCGUAAUCGCUGACAUUAUCCGCAAUGCGCCGGAUAACAGCAUAGUGCGCUGGCCAUUGGUGAUGCGCAACCCGCAGCCGAAAUGGACUUCGCCUUGCGGGAGAAUUGUGCAGAUUGGAGACAGUGCACAUAGCUUUCUUCCUACAUCUGGGAAUGGAGCGACGAUGGCUAUUGAAGAUGCGCUUUCCAUUGCAGAUUGCCUACGACUGGGGGCAGAUGAUGUUGGAACUGCAACCCAAGUACACCAGCUUCUUAGAUACCAACGCGCAUCCGUCGUGCAGCAGACUGGAAUGAAUAAUCGGAGCGAAAUCAACAACAAAAUGUCAAACGACGUGCUGCGUCAGGGAAAAUGGAUCUGGACUCACAAUCCUGAGCAAUAUGCGACCACAGAAUUCUAUCGGGCCCGCUCGUGCCUCGAAAGUGGUGCGGAAUUCCAUAAUACCAACCUGCCACCAGGAUACGUAUGGACACCUUGGACCAUUGAGGAAGAGAUGGCGAAGGAGAAAGCGGGUGUACAUAGCCAGGAUUUGAAGAAAAACGGUUACUGGGGUGUUGUUUGA